AUGGUGACUGAUCGGAUUGAAAAGUGGUUGAUUGGCAACAAGAUGAGAGUGGCGCAGGAUUUUUUCAUGCACCCUUACCCGUUGUACACCUCAGACCCUGAGGAACCACUGCUGACGUCGUGGUCGUUGAUAGACGAUGGUCGGGGGGACAUGUCUUCAGCGAGAAGCGGCUCGGCGGCGGAGGCCGCAGCGGUGGUGCAUGAUGCCAUGAACGACGGCUUGGAGGGGGAGGAAAUGUGGCCAACAGUACCAGCGGAGGCAGGCAGGCGGCAGGGGGAAGCGGACGAAGAGAAAACAGCAGACGUUGUUGUGGAACAAGGAGUGGUAUCGCGAGAUGAGGAUGGGCUUGCUAGUAUCAGACGACUGGCCAUUAACUUUACUGAUCUCUACCCGAACUGCACUUCACUAGCGUACUACGAUGACAGUGUGCCUGGGGACAACUACUGCAAUUCAUAUUACAACAACGCCGAGUGUGGGUACGAUGGCGGGGACUGCUGCGAGUGCGACUGCGGUACGUUUGGUACGUCCUUAGACUCGUCGUCGUCGACUUCUUCUUCGGCGAAUUUCACGUGCGGGGCCAACGGAUACGUCUGCGUGGAUCCCGCAUCGGAGUGCUUCGAAGACCUGUAUCCUGAUUGCGUCUCAAGAGGCGGAACGCUGGAAUGGAUCGGAAACGGGGCCUGCUACUGGGGCAACAACUUCGAAGAAUGCGGCUACGAUGGAGGAGAUUGUUGCGAAUGCGACUGCGAGUCAACCCUGGAGAGUCACUGUGGCGUGAAUGGCUACGACUGCGCCGAUCCUAGUUCGCCUUCGGAGUGCACAGAAGAUGUGCCGACACCGUCACCACAAGAGCAAGCACCUACGCCAUCUCCAGUAGAAGUCACGCCUGCAGUAUCGUCCGAAGAUGGUGAUUCGGAUGACACCUUCGUGAGGGACAUCAGCAUCGGAGUUAUUUCAACAGUGGUCGGUGGGGUAGCGUUAGCGUUAGUCACCAAAUAUUGUCUAGGAGAAAGAGCGUCUUCGGCAGGAUGAUGUUCCGGAUCAAAGAACUUUGAUUUCAAUACAAUGAGGAUGCUGUUGAGAGAAGUCGAGGUCCAAGGCCUUCACCUAGACGGAAAAAUAAAGGACAUCACCAGCGCUGGCGU